CUCUCCUCCCUCUCCAGCCUUCAGUCUCCUCCCUCUCCAGCCUCCUCCCUCCCUCUCCAUGUGCCCAGCCCCUUCAUUAACUCCAGUAUGAAAGGAAAGCCUCUUGCCUGCAGUCACACUACCAGAUCCUCACAGGAGCCUCACUCACACGAACCCCUCCUCCCCACAUACUGACUCAGGCCUGGGCACAGAUACAGUUGGCUGCCAAACCAUAAUCAGUGUACCUCUGAGUGAGGCCUUUUUUCUAACGCUGACAUGGAGCUCCACAGUGUACUUAAAACCGUCCACCACAGCCACCUGGGUGAGGAGAAGCACCAGAUGCUGAACUUGAACCGACGCCUGGAGACCUAUCUGAGUCGGGUCAAACUCCUGGAGGAGGAAAAUGUGCUGCUUGCGCAGGAGAUUGAAGCUCUGAGACGCAGCAAUCAUGGAGCUUCAACGCGCAGGAAGGGCUUGGAGGAAGGGGUGCGGCAAGCAAGACUGGAACUGGAUGCAGCCUGGAGGGCCAGGUUCCACACAGAGCUGGAGGUUGGCAGGCUGACUGAAGAGUUUCAAGCCCUGGACCUUCAGAGACAGAGGGAGGCUCAAGCCCACGUGAAGGCCAAGACAAUGCUGCAGCAAAGCAAGAAGGAGCUGGAGGAGGAAGAGAGGGCGCAGAUCUGGCUGAGAGAGAAGGUCAGUCAGCUGGAGCAUGAGAUGAGGCACCUAAUUCAAACCCAUCAGGAGGAUGUGGCCCACCUGGAGGCCACACUGACCCAUUCCAGAGCCACAGUGCCACUCACAUUGGCUCAAAGAGGCAAUCAAACACCAAACCUUCUACAGCUGGAUCAGGAGUUCUCCCAGAGGGCCUCCAGGGCAUGGCAAGAGGCAGCAGAGGCUUAUCAGGGCCAGUUAGCUCAGGUAGAGGAGUCGCUUCACCAGGCCAGGAGCCGUUUGACCCAAGUGGGCCAGGAGAAGAGCGAAAGCCAGUUGAGGCUCCAAGCCCUGGAAAAGGAGAUCGCCUCAGCUCAGGACGUCAGGCUGCAUCUGGAGAAGACGGCAGCUCAACAGAGACACAAACACAGCCAGGAGAUCCAGCAACUCCAGGCACACUUGGAAGGCCUGGAGGCAGAGAGAGAGGAGCUGGGCCAGCAGAUCGAUCAUCUCCUCCUGGAGAACCGGGGCCUGCUGCAGAUGAAGAUGUCUCUGGGCCUGGAGGUCGCAACUUACAGAGCUUUACUGGACAGUGAAAGCCUCAGGGAGACAACUCUUUGCUAA